AUAAUAAUUGGAUCCAAUAAUUUCUGUAAAAAUCCUGUACUUAACCCAUUUCCCCUUCUAUCUUCAAUCUCAAUAACCUCUUUAAGAUCAACCAUGGCGGCCUUCUUCCUAUUCGUAGCUUUGGUCCCUCUGGUUCUUGUUCUUGUUCUUACCAUCUUUGCUUUCACUCGCAGGUCCAAGGGUUGUAGAAACCUGCCACCAGGGAGCUUGGGAUGGCCCAUCAUGGGCGAAACUCUCGAGUUCCUCUUUGGGAAGCCGGAAAAGUUUGUCUUUGAACGGAUGAACAAGUACUCGCCGGAUGUAUUCAAGACCAAAAUACUCGGAGAGGAAACCGCCGUCUUAUGCGGCCCCGGCGGACACAAAUUCCUCUUCUCCAACGAGCAAAAGCUCUUCACCGCAUUCCGUCCUCAUUCAAUGCAAAAGAUCUUCCGGUCUUACCGGGCUGCUGCCCCGCCGGCACAACUCCCAACCGACGAGGUGGCAAAAACCUUGCGGUCGCCGGGGUUUUUGAAGCCGGAAGUGUUGGUGCGGUACUUGGGGAAAAUGGAUUCCAUCACACAGCAAGAGCUGGAAAUUCAGUGGGAGGGAAAAGAGGUGGUGAAGGCCUCCUCUUUUGCUAAAACCCUCACGCUGAGACUUGCCUUCAGAUUUUUCUUGGGCUCGGAUGAUCCACAAUUCAUUGCUAGGCUUGUUGGCAGCUUUGAUGACAUUACGAUGGGGAUGCAUUCGAUUCCUGUGAAUUUCCCAGGAACCAUAUUUUAUAAAGCAAGCAAAGCAGCAGCGGGGAUCCGUAGGGAGCUAAGGAAAACUAUUCAGGAGAAGAAGGCUGCCAUGGCAACGGGAGCAACCAUGCAGGAUAUACUGUCGCACAUGAUUGCUGUCACCGACCCGUCUGGGAAAUAUAUGCCGGAGGCUGAAAUUGUCGACAAGAUUAUGGGUUUGCUUGUUGCAGGGUAUAGCACUGUGGCUACUGCCAUGACUUUCUUCAUGAAAUAUGUUGGAGAGAGACCCGACAUCUACGAGAAGAUCUUUGCUGAGCAAAUGGAGGUCUCAGCAUCAAAGAAGCCUGGGGAAGAAUUGGAUUGGGUUGACAUACAGAAAAUGAAGUAUUCUUGGAAUGCCAUUAAUGAAGUUAUGAGGCUCACACCACCGCUUCAGGGGACUUUCAGAGAGGCUCUCACUGACUUUACCUUUGCCGGUUACACCAUUCCAAAGGGGUGGAAGAUAUACUGGACCGUGAGCUCAACAAACAAGAACAGUGAAUUUUUUCCAGAACCAGAAAAAUUUGAUCCGUCGAGGUACGAUGAUGCAAAUGCAUUUCCUCCAUUCACGUUUGUACCAUUUGGAGGUGGAGCUCGCAUGUGCCCUGGGAAAGAGUACGCUCGGCUAGCAAUACUCACUUUUGUUCACAAUGUGGUAAAGAGGUUCGAAUGGGAGGUGGUCCUUCCCACGGAGAAAAUUGUUGGUGAUAUGAUGCCAACUCCACAAAAAGGACUUCCAAUUCGUCUUCGACAUCACUAGGCUUGUACGUUAAUUCUCUUUAAUUUCUAUAACAAAUUUAUUUUCCUA